AUGGUCGUACGCACCGCCGACGUCGAGGAGAGCGCGCUGCCCUCUUUUGCCGAGCUCUCGCUCUCGGACGCCGUCAUCCGCGGCCUGCGCGACGCCGGCUUUGAGCGGCCGUCGCCCGUCCAGGCGGCCGCCAUCCCGCUUGGCCGGUUUGGCGCGGACCUGGUGGCGCGAGCAAAGUCGGGCACCGGCAAAACGGCCGCCUUCGCCGUCGUCGCUUUGGAGGGCGUGGUGGCGGGCCGCGGCGGGCCACAAGCGCUGCUCGUCUCGCCGACGCGCGAGCUGGCGCUGCAGACCGCGGGUGUGUGCCGCGCGAUCGGCGCGCAUAUGCGCGGUGUGCGCAUCGGCACCUUCAUCGGCGGCACUCGCGUCAAGGCCGACGCCGCGGCCGCCACCCGCUGCGAGCUCGCGUGCGGCACACCCGGCCGGCUCGUCGGCUUGCUGAUCGGGGAGGCGAUGGUGGUGGAGCGCGUGCGGCUACUCGUGCUCGACGAGGCCGAUAAGCUUGCGGAGGAGGGCUUCGAGCCCCAGCUGCGCUACCUGCUCACGGCGCUGCCUGCGCGCAAGCAAACACUCUCGCAGACCCUCGCCUUCUCCGCCACCUAUCCGCCACCGCUGCUCGCCGCGCUCCGCGCAGCAAUGCGCCGGCCUCACGAGCUCUCCCUCGUCCGCGAGGUGCGCGGUGCGCCGCUCGAUGCCGAGGCUGACGCGAUCCUCGACGCCGCCGCCGCCGCCGCCGCCGCGCCGGCCGGAGGUGGCGGCGGAGUGGGCGGCGGCGGCGGCGGCGACGAGGCGGCGGCGCUGCUCGGCGUGCGCCAGUUCUUCAGCCUGCUGCCGCGGGGCAACCACAGCAGCGCCCAGGCGGCGGCGCUGCUCUCGCUGCUCGACCGGCUCACUUUCCACCAGGCCCUCAUUUUUUGCAACGACGCGGCGCGCGGCGCGCGGAUGGCGGCUGGCCUGUCUGCCGCCGGCUUCCCCGCCGGCUACGUCUCCGCCCGACUGGCGCAGUCGGAGCGAUCCGGCGCCGUUGCGCAGUUUCGCGCUUUCUCCCUGCGUCUGCUGGUCUGCACAGACUUGCUCGCGCGCGGCGUCGACUUUGGCCGCGUCUCGCUCGUCAUCCACCUUGACGCCCCUCGCGAGCUGCCAACCUAUUUGCACCGCGUGGGCCGCACCGGCCGCUACGGCACCCUCGGUGCAUCCGUGCUGCUGCUGAGCAAACGCCAGUGGGCCGAGUUUGCGCCGAUCGCCGCGGCGCUCCGCCACCGGCUGCAGCCGCUGCCGGCGGACUUGCGCGAGGAUGACUACUUGCAGCAGCGCGCGUUUAGCGCGGACGAGGCGCUUCAGCUCGAGCAGCUUCACGAGUUGCGUGCAGAGGCGCGGGAGGCGCCGCCGACCGCAAUGGCGAACGGGUUCGGCCGUGGCCCGCUUGCCGAGAGCGGGACGGCCAGGCGGCGCGGGGAAGCUCUUGAGGCCUCAGCGCCGCAGCAAGCGGAGCUUGAAGCGGCGCGAGAGCGGGGGAAGCGGCGAGCUCUCGAGCGAGCGCGCGAGAGGGUGGCCAUGACAUGAAGAGAGUCUCAGAUGUGGUGUGUGGGACACACUUUGGACCCUGCUCGCUCCUGGCAUGUUUUUUCGAGUCGUGCGUCUACGUCCCAACUCCCAAAGUAGCCUACGUGUACUAUCC